AUGUCUUCUAAAUCUACUUCCUUGUCAUUUGGUCCCGAAUGGAUGCGCCCAAAACAAACCACUAAAUCACCAUCCAUCCCCUCGAAGGUCCCUAAUACGACAUCCAACUUCCAAUCCAAUACUCCACCUUCUAUCUCUGGUACCCGUGCCCAGCCUCCCAGCAAUAAGAUCCCGUGGUCUGGAAUCGCAGCAGGUACAGCUUCCUCAUCCCCUUCAGUCGUCCCUCAUUCAGCAGGUUCAAUCAUUCCACCCAACUCAUCUAAUACUCCGAUGUCAUUUGCUAAUGCUGCUGCUCAAAGCAUCCUUCGCUCUACCACUCCAAAUUCCGGGUUAAGAACCGUAAAUUCUUCUACGAUUUUAUCCCGUUCUUCAGCUGGAGUUACCACUGGAACGCUUAGAACUUCCAGAUCUAUUGCUAGUUUGAAUCCUCACCAAUCUAACAGCCCUCUAUCUGAAUCAUCCGCGCCAAAACCUCAAGCUAUUAACAAUACAAUCGGGGGUAAUGGUGGCUCCGGCUUGGCUAUUGGGAACACAGCUGGUACAAAUAAUGACUUUUCGAAUAAUGUUUCGUCCCCUAAUAUUUCUUCUCAAGGGGGAGGGGAUUUGGAUCACCCACUUGCUUUAGACAAUACAUCUUCUGCAUCAUCAUCUUCUGAACCCGAAGAUAUAUCUUUAGAGUUGGAUCAGGAACUAAGCGUUGCAGAUGUCUUGCGUUCCAACUCAUCGGGGAAAAAAUAUACUAAUGAAGAAAUGCUGGAAGUUUGGAGUUCUAUGAAGAGAUCCAACAUCAUUAAGCCAGCAUCAGAGCCUCGUACUGAUUUGUAUUUUUCUGCAACCCCAAAUGAUCCAGCAAUCCUCGAUCAUAAAUAUCGUCAACAGUUGCUUCAUUUACAACACCACCAUAAUCAUCAUCACCACAAUCAUAACCAUAACAAUCACCACCAUCAUCAUAAUCAUAACAACUAUCAAAAUCAAAAUGGCUUGCAGCCAUCUUCCUUGGGACCAAACGUUUCCAAUUCUCCACUUUUGGACAUUCACCGCACUAAUAAUUCCCUUCUUUCUAACAUCUCUGCUAAUGAUUCUACUCAUGAUUCAAUUUCUAACGCCAAUAGUGCGGUGAACAGCGCUGUUAACAGUCCCAUGCUUUCUUCAUCCCAACUUCAAGGUUCUUUUUACUCUGGUUUGGGGAAUAACUUGUCUAAGGUCAAUUCCAAUCACGAUACCUCAAACGCUAUGGCUGGGAUUAAUGGAUUUGCUGGUAACAACUCUACAAUAAAUACUGCAGCUAAUAACACUAACAACCUCUUGCCUUCAAGAUCUAAUUUGUCAUUAGAUGUGACCCGAGUGGGUUCACCUGCAUCUGUUCCUGCAACUUUGUCUGAUGUUGGGUCCAUUAAUAAUAACACUAACUCUUGGAGUCCUUUUGUUGGAAAUGCCAAUCCAUUGCUCUCUAACAUUGCCUCUGGAGUAUCAUCAUUGGGCGAAACCCAGCCCUCAAUCAACAAUAUUGGAUCUAACGCCAAUUCAACUGGAAUUUUGUCUGGACCUGGUAACAUUCCUCCAGGUAUUAUGUCUAAUCAUUUGAUGUCUAAUACACCUCCACCCCCUGGAAUUCCUGUUUUGCUCCCUCCUGAUCAAAUUGAAUGGGUUUACAAAGAUAUGGUUGGUAACGAGCAGGGCCCCUUUAAUGGUUUGCUUAUGCACGACUGGUAUUCCAAAAAUUGGUUCCAGGAUGAUUUGCAGAUUCGCAGAAGAGAUGAAACCGAGUACUAUACAUUAAAGGAAUUUAUUGUACGUGUCAGCAAUGCUGUUAAACCUUUUCUUGUGUCUUUACCCCCUGCUAAGCCAAAUGCUUAUUAUGAUCAACAGCAGCAGCAGGAAAAUUUUGUUCGUCAACGAGAGCUUCUUUUGAAAUUACAACUUCAACAGCAGCAGCAACAACAACAGCAACAACAACAGCAGCAGCAACAGCAACAACAGCAACAGCAACAGCAACAGCAACAGCAGCAAUCACAGAUUCCAUCAAUUCAACAAUUUCAGCAACAACAAGCCCCAGCUUGGGGAUCCAUGUCCCCAGUUGCUACUCCGUUGUCCCCUAUGUCACCCUGGUCUCAUCCUCAGGCCAGACUUCAUCUUAAUUCUUCGAAUCAGCCUUUGCCAUUAGGCUCAAUUUCUGAUCAAAACACAUCCGGGGUUCCUUCCUCAUUUGGCUUUACUGGUUUACCCGGAUCUCAAGUCAAUGCAUCUCACCUUAACAACGAUCCAUGGCAACGUGCACCUGGUUCAAUUCCUCAUACACCUCGUCGUAUUCCUAGUAUUGGGAAUUUCAACGAGAACUCUAGCAUUUUAAAUAACAACAGCAUUUCGGGAUUGGCUAACGCAUUCCCCACUAAUAGCAAUACAAAUAUUGGUGGUGCUUCUCCUGCUGUUUUGCAGCUUAACCUUCACUCCGAAGUUGAACAAGAAGAUCCUUCUGAUAAAGAUGCAUUUUUAGCUCAAGUUGCAUCUCCCGGACCUUCUAAAGCUGCUAUUCAACCACCUAAUAAAACUUCACCUUUAGUUCAACAGGAAAAUAUUUCUUCGGAUACCGUUUCUCCCAUCAAUUCUGCUCUUGACCUUGAAAGUUCAGUUUCUUCUUUGGAAGAUAAGCUUUCAACAGUUGAACUUUCUAAGAGAGAGCCUUCUCUCGAACCUGUUGGACCCCCAAAGAAAACUGAGAAAAGGUCGGAUGCCGAUCUUACUUUUUCAAAUGAAACAAGUACUUCACAAGCUCUGAAAGCUUCACAAGCUUCAGGAGAAGAAGUUAGUCUGUCUAAAUCUAAGAAGCGCUCUUCCACAGCCCAAACUGCUUCAACUGCCGAAACAAAUAGCAGAAACAAGGAAUGGGAAGCCGAAGUUGCUGGAGAAGAAGUAAUCAGUGUAAUUGUGGAUACUUCAGUUGCCCCCACUCCUGUUGAAAAACAGAGGAGUUCUAGUUCUGCUGCUGCUGCUGCUGCUUCUGCUGCUGCAAACAACGCCGCAACUCCAGAUUCAGCCCCUAACACCCAAUCUUCGACUUCUCAACAGACCACUGCUCCAGUUUCUUCCAAGAGUCCUUCGACUCCAUCUAAACCUGUUCUUGCUCCUUGGGCUAAAAAAGAAGCAAAGACUAAACCUAAAACUCUUUCCCUCAAGGAAAUCCAAGAAAUCGAUGCUGCUGAAAGAAAAACUCGCAAGGCUCAACAACAGGCUGCUGCCGCUAUUUUGCAAGCUUCGCGGGCAGCCGCUGCGGCUGCUGCUGCUGUCAACACUAGCCCUGCUCUUCCAUCUGGUGCUACAUGGGCUAGCGUUGGUGUCUCAAAUAGUGCUGCUCCCAAGAAGACUCUUGCUCAGAUUCAAAAGGAAGAGGAAGAGGCUGCCAAACGCAGCAAGCAGCUGUCUGUUGGUUCCAGUAGCUCUUCCUCUAAUUCACCCACUAUUUCCAACUCUGCUGGUUCUCUUGCAUCUGUAAUUUCCAGCAGUUCUUCUGCUUCAGGCGCUAGAAGAUAUGCUGAUAUUGCUACACCGACUUCUACUCGCGGUGGAGCUUGGACAACAGUUGGCCCCGGUGGGAAAAAGAUUGGGAGCUCCACCUCAUCUACUACAGCGUCUCCUUCUGCAUCUGCACCCACUGCUGCACCUAUCUCUCUUGCCUCUUCCAUCUCUUCUGCUCCCAGUUCUCGCAAGUCUUCAGUUGCUACUAUUCCUCUUAGCUCCUCCAAUUCCUCCACUUCCAAAGCCGUGUCAGCUUCUGAGGACUUUUUGAAUUGGUGCAAGGGUUCUUUGACUGAUUUGAACUCUGGUGUCAAUAAGACAGAGCUUUUAUCAAUGCUUCUUUCUUUACCUGCAAGCGGUGAAUCCAAGGAAAUCAUUGCUGAUACCAUUUAUUCUAAUUCUACUACAAUGGAUGGUCGCAGAUUUGCUGAUGAAUUCAUUAAGAGACGUACCAAUGCUGAUUCUGAGACUGGUAGUUACAACGCGUCGGCUAAUGGUGACAAUUGGAGUGAUAUUUUAAGCCGUGCCAACAAGCCUGCAAACGAUGAACGGAAUGUUCCCUUUAAGAUUGUUUCCAAGAAGAAGAGCAGAAAGGAUUAA